AUGGGGGGGUCAUCGCCUCCGUUCCUUUAUGGCGCUCCUUUGGCGCACAGUUUUCAUGGCCCAACGGAUCGCCCAUUCAAUCCAAAGGCUGCCACUCAGGCGAGCUGGACUCGUCCAAAAUCAAAGCCGCAGCCACAAGGCCCGCUGAUCAACUUCAAUAGGCAUCCCGACUCUUACAACAAUAUCCCCGAUGGAAAGUUUCGAUGGACUCCUAUGAGCCCUCAGACAAAACCCAGAGUCAUACUUACACGGAGAAUACAGCUUGCGUUCCGCGUGCUUCAGCUGCUCGGAGCGCUUGGUUCUUUGUUCUGUGCCAUUGUUAUUAAGAAUGCGGCGGUGACUAUCAUAUGGAUUGUGCGCGUCGGGCCUGCAGUAGCAAUUCUGCACACACUUUAUGGCGUCUACCAUCUAUGUCGUUCAGCUGUCAGCAGACCUCCCGGCUCGCAAGCGAGCUACAUGUUGUUUGCUUCAACAUUCGACCUUGGCCUUAUUCCGUUCUACGUCUUCGCCGCAUUUUUAGGGUACAAGCAAUAUACUGAGAAUGCAUACCAUUGGGCUACCUUGCUGAGUUCUGAUUUUGACAUCACUACCAAAAUUUCGCAAACCACCUUCCUACUGAGUGUGGUCAACGGAGGUUUACACGCACUUUCUUUAGGUAUCUCUGUCUUUCUAAGUAUCAUUUUCCGUCGAAUUACCAAAUUACCCCCGGAUAUGAACCCACUGGAAGACAAUUUGACUGCCCGCCCCCACAAACGUACCAAGUCCGAACUAGCUGAAAAGCAUGCAAGUCAUUCAACCUUGGACUCUACGAUGUCUGAGGAUCCUCUGAUUGGCCCUCCUCGUAAGAUGGCCUUCAUGCACACAAGGGCUCAAUCUUCAGAAGGUGGGUCAAGUCGUGUCUCGGAUGUUAUAGCGGAGAAGAGACAGUCACAAAUGUCUCAGCCCUCGAGUUGUCUAUCACGGAUAGAGCCGUCUUUGCCACAUAUGCCUUUCGAGUACCACGCAGACUCCACAGACUAUAUGGUAGAGCAAAUCCCGGACAACAAUGCAGGCACCUUGACAAAACCAACGACAACAAUACCGCAUGGUUCCCCUGUAAGAGAGCCAUCUCCUGAGCUACCAAGCCGAUCCCAGUGUGUGAGUCCGGCUUCAGGUAACUGGAUAGUGUAUCCCUCUCGAUCUCCCUCACCACUGGACGUUGCUAUAAACGAGAGUUCUGCUCAUCGCGAACCCUCAUCUGCCUACAGCAGAGGAAGCGUCUCUACUACCACGAACGGUGGGGUUAUGGACUGGGUAAACUCUGCACAGCGCUAUGGAUGGGACAUUGGCCAGACGAUUAAAGAAGAUACCCAUGGAGAAUAUGAGUCCCUUCCUGUACAUGAAUACUACGGACACGACGACGACCACGAUGAUCUACAACGACAUAGCAGAUACUACGAUAAUGCUGAACAAGACAUUGGUGAUCACAACAUUCAAAUAUUCCAAGACCACGACCCGGAGGAGCAAGCCUCCGAUAACCUUCGGGUCAACCCAUUAGCCCUGAACCCACCUACCCCCCAGCCAAUUCUUGACAACGCGCAUGAUGACACGACUGAUUCCAGUCGCACGGCUCUUGCCGACAUUCCCAAUCUGUCCCCCACUCCACCGACUUCGCUUCCUAAAACCGACAAUCCAACGAAGAAGGGUCGUUUUUACGGUGAUCUCGAAGGGAAGGGCGGUCUCAGCAUUCCCCGCCACAUCAGUCAUCAAGACAGUGGUAGUGGCUCCCACGGCAUAUGGGGGAAGAAAUCAACGAAGGGAGCGAAGACGAAGAAACAGAAAUCUAACGCCUAUGGCGCUCUGAAGCAACAUGACGACAAUGACCAUAUCGUGCCAUCCUCUGAUCUCACCGUUACUGAAGGCGAUCGAAAGGGUCGAGUGGUUAGCAACUCGGGCGUUGAUUUCGGUCGUGGCUUCGGACAAGGCUCAUCACUGUCUUACGGUAGCUACAUCGCUGGCCUAGGCGUUGGAAGAAGACGAGAUGUGAGUGGCAAAAUGGCCGAAGAGGGCCGAAGUGGUAGGAGCAAUUCGGGAAAUGAGGGCCCAGCUCCCAUACGGGCCGCUGGAUGGGCUCGUUUCGCAGGACUCUGA